CAACAGCGCCGUUUGGCACAGGAUGUUGGACUUCUUGGAUCAGCUGCCAAGCCUCAGGAAGCAGACUCUCCCCGCCCGCUGCCCUUUUGUGGGACACAGGGAGGGCAGGCUGCGGCCUUGGCGCUGGCGCCGCCUAUGUGAAAGUGUCCCUUGAGCGCCACCUGUUACUUCCCUCCUGCCGGCUCGGCGCGCGGAUCUCCUCCUGCGCGCUCGGCUGAGGGAAGGGAGCAAAGGUGCCUUAGGCUUUUCCCCAGCGCCGCCUGCGGAUUCCCCGCGGAGCGACCUCCGGGCGCGAUGACCGUCGGGGGGACCCGGAGAGCAAACUACCCCCGGCGGGGGCCUGCGGAGGACGAAAUCUCUAUCCUGGAAAAGGACGAGGAAGAAGAAGAGGAGGAGGAGAGGAGGCAAACAGCCCCAAGCGGCCAAGCUGAGGAGGAGUCCGGCUGCGCCUCCAAGAAAGUCGCCUUCGCCGUCCUCCCGGACAAGUACGAGCCUCUCGGCGGGGCGGGAGACGAGCAGCAGCCCAAAGCCGAGCGCAAGAGCAAGAAGCGCAGGAGGAAGCUCAAGAAAUACGGCAAGGAUGAAAAAGAAAACCUGCAAAGUACAUGCUGUGGAAAUUACUGAAUCAAGUGCAACUAUAUAAAAUUGCCUUUGGCAAAUCACUGUGAUGAGACUUGGUUACAAAUCUGAAUUGGGUGGUCGUAGGUACAAAAGAGAUAAUCAAAAACGCAAUGGUGUAGCAAUUGUGUAUCAAUGAAAGAUAGCCAUAAUUUUCUCUUGGUUGAUGCUCCAGUGAAAAUCUGGCAGGAUGUAUGACACAGUGGCAUCUUGCAUAUGAGCUGU